AUGCCUACAGAGACUAUUUGGUCAAGUAGCCAUUCUUCACCAAUCCAAGCGAACCUAUCGCUCUCAUCAAAUAAGAACCAGUCAACGAGUCAGUUCAAAUCGGUAUUAGACCAGGUCGACCCAGAUAUUGCCAAGUUCUUAGCAGACUCUGACCCUAUAGACCAAUUACCUACGAACUUGUGCGACAGAAGACUCUCAUUCAAUGAUGGCAGCGACAUUGAUGACUCGUUUAUCAACUUUAAAAGAGGCGCUCUAUCUGCCAUUACCGCACCGGUGGGAGGCAACAUCAAUUUCAACAGCAACCCCUCCAGAUUCAACUUUUCGUCUUCUUCAAACAAUGCAGCUGGAAACAACUCGCAGAGAUUGAAUUUUGGUACUGCAUCCAUCAGCGGCGGUAUCGCUAGCAGACACCCACCACAGGAGAGCUUCUUGCAAAAGUUUUCGAGUGUAGCAGAUGCAACAAGAGAAAUCGAACUAGGCAGCUUAUCGUUAUCUUCAGGCAAUACAGGUGGCGAAUUCAAUAAGCCCUUUUUGAGCAUGGGUGUUGGCGGUUCAAGAGCAAGUGGAUCAUUAAAUGAGAAUUUGAAUAUGCCAGUGCCAAGAUCUUCUAGACACCAAUCAAUUAGUGAUAAAAUUGACACCUACAAUAGCAACAAUAGCAACAAUAGCAGUAGCGUCAGCAGUAACAACAUUGGUAACAGUAACAACAUUGGUAACAGCAGCAGCAGCAGUAGCAGCAGUAGCAGCGGCAAUAACAACAACAACAACAACAACAACAACAACAACAACAACAGCUCACCAAUUCAGAAUAGCGCAGCAGUCUCAGUCAACUCAGACUUGAACACAAAUUUCAAUGUGCAUGAAAGUAACAAGACUUCAACUGGUCAAUCUACCACCAGCCACAUUCCUCAAACAUUCUGGAACCCUGCUACUGUGACUUCGUUUACUCCAGCAAAUAACACAGCCAACUACUUUUUGGAUGGUACUAUAAAGUCUACAGAACCUAGCCCCCAGCUCCAACCACCCAUGGUCCCACCUCAGUCCUUUUACGGCCACAUGCAAAAUCAGCAACCACAACAGCAACAGCAACAGCAACAACAACAACAACAGCAACAGAUGCCACCUAUAAAUGGAUCUCAUUCUCACGCUGCGCCUCCACCACCACCUCCGUUUAUGGUUCCCUCCCCACCUCCACCACAGUUUAUGGAUCCAAAUAUGUACCAUAUGAUGUAUGGAAACUUUUUUCCAUUUCCAUUAGCACCAAUUCCACCACCACCUCCUCCACCAAUUAUAAACGAUUCUGAACAAGGCGCAACAUCAGUAUCUUCCGAAGAUAAGGAAAGGGAGGAAACCGAGAAAAAGAGUACCAAAACAAAUGAAGAGGAAACAAGACAGAAUGAAAAUCCCAAUGCCAAGACAAGCUCUACACUGAAGAAUGGCUUGCCUAAACCCGAGGAAGGGAAAGAUGAAUAUCAAAAUGGUGCCGGUCCCAUUGGCGUUGGUCUUAUAAAUAGACAAUAUUCGCCUGCGGCAUUCAUGUUCCCUCCAUUCCAUCCAUUUGCAAUGUAUCAACAUUCCCCAGGUAUGAUGAGUCCCGAUAAUCUCAAGAGUGUUUCGCCUCAGGAAGCAGCAAUGGGAAUGCCCACAAUAGAGCGCCACAACGGAUUACCACAUCACAAACUGUCACACCAUUCCUCGCACAAGUUGUCUCCCCCACCCAAGUCAUCUUCGGCUCCACCAAGGGACCUGAAAAAUGCAAGCGGUAAUAAUGGUAAUGGUCAUCCGCAAAAGAAGAAAAAUGCCAAGGGUAAAAACGCAGGUAGUGGUAAUGGUGGUAAUGGUGGUAAUGGCAGCGGUGGGGGCUCUCAUAUAUACCGCUCACCAUUAUUGGAAGAGGUUCGUUCAAACACAAAGAAUAAGGACUACACUUUGCGUGAUAUCUUUGGACACGCUGUUGAAUUUACGAAGGACCAACAUGGUUCACGUUUUAUCCAGCAGAAGCUACCCACUGCAUCCGAAGAAGAGAAGGAAGUGAUCUUCAAUGAGAUUCGAGACAUUACCUAUGAUUUAAUGACGGAUGUUUUUGGAAACUACGUUAUUCAAAAGUACUUUGAACACGGUUCCAAGAUCCAAAAACUGAUUUUGUUGAGCCAUAUGGUUGGCCAUAUCUAUGAGCUUUCAUUGCAAAUGUAUGGAUGUCGUGUUGUCCAGAGAGCGCUUGAAUCCUUAGAAGAUGUCGAUGAUCAGAUGAAGAUUAUCAAAGAGUUGCGUGAUUAUAUUUUAAUCUGUUCUAAGGACCAAAAUGGUAACCAUGUGAUUCAGAAAUCGAUCGAGAAAAUCCACCCCUUUGACAAGAUUAGGUUUAUUCUCACAAGCUUGGAGAAUCAAAUCUACCACCUCAGUACACACUCAUAUGGUUGUAGAGUUGUCCAAAGAUUGCUCGAGUAUUCAAACAAGGAGGACCAAAAGAUGAUUAUGCAAGAGUUGAACAAAUAUAUAUAUUAUCUUAUUCAGGACCAGUAUGGAAAUUACGUGAUUCAGCAUAUAUUGGAGCAGGGAACUCCAGCGGAGAAAGAAGAGGUUUUGACUAUAGUAUUGGGCAAUGUGGUGACUUUUUCCAAACACAAGUUUGCUUCUAAUGUUAUCGAAAAAUGCAUAAAGCAUGGUGAUGUACAGCAAAGAAAACGUAUAUUGCACGAGGUGAUGUUGGGCAAUGAAGCGGAAGACGAUAUCAAGAAUAGCAAAGAUAAUGGAGGAGAAAACGUUGAAGUUAGCGACGACUCACCAUUGGCACUUAUGAUGAAAGAUCAAUAUGCAAAUUAUGUCAUUCAGAAGUUGGUUGAGGUUUUGGACUCAAACUACCCCGAAAAGAAACAGUUGGUGUUGAAGUUGAGACAGUACUUGAAACAAUUGUCCGAUAUGAACAAUUUUGGAGGCAAGCAUUUGGCGAGUGUGGAGAAGAUGAUCAUGAUGGCAGAAACCGCUUUUGACCAGAACUGA